AUACCUUCGGCGGCUUUUCGUUUGUUUAGGUGGAACACGUUGUUUAUAAAGAUUAAAUUAAAGAAUUACAACCAUGGCCACCGAAGAGUCCACCCCCAGAAUCCAACUGGGCGAUUACAUCGUCAUCCAGCGCCAGAAGUACACGAAGCUCCAGAAAUUCGGCAGUCUGGACACCACAGCCACUUUGGGCAAGGAGACUCUGGAGUUGAAAUCGCUUUUGGACCAGCCCUACGGGUCCACUUUCAAGAUGUGCGUCAAGGAGACAAAGCCUGGCAAGCGGGGAGCGCAGAGGCAGCAUACGCUGGAGCUGUGCAGCGAGACGGAGCUUAGGAGCACGCGGGAGGUCCUCGGAAUCUCCAGCAGUGGGGCUGAUAAUCGCGACAUCCGCGACGACGGGGAAGCCCAGACCUUGAAACCGGAGGACAUUGCACAACUGCGCGAGGAGGGCAACGAUUCCAGCAAGAUCAUAGAGAAGCUGGUUGAGAACUCGAAGACCUUCCACAACCGCACCGAGUACUCCCAGGAAAAGUAUCUGCUGAAGAAGGAGAAGAAGUACUUUGAGUUCGUACAGAUCCGCCAGCCAACAAUCCGACUGAUGCUGGACAUCUUCUACCGCCAGGAUUCUGAAAAGGUGAUGGGCAUUCGCGUGGACACCCUGUCGCAGAUCAUCUCCUACUCGGGCGUCUGCGGGUUUGGCAGCUACCUGCUCUACGAGAGUGGCACCAAUGGUAUUUUGCCAGCGGCCAUGCUAAAUUCCAUAGGAGCGGGUACGGAAGGCACCCUGGUGCACAUGCACCCGGGAAACGUGCCCCAAAAGCAGUCCCUUCUCGCUUUGAAGCUGCCACUGGAACAGCAGCAGCGCUGCGUAUCAGUUAACCUGUACUCCGUUUUGAGGGUGUUCUACCAAGGAGAAGAGGCAAAGACCAUUGAUCUCCCACCCGUUGAGCCCAGUGAAGAACAAGCACAGGAACUUCUGACGGAUACGCUAGCAGAAGAACAGCCGGAGGCGAUCGAACCGAUAACCAAGAAGCCCAAACUAGAAGAAGUUAAAAGUGGGAGAGAAGGAGCCAAAGGCCCUCCACGCUGGCAUUUGGAAAACAAGCGGGCCACGGCUUUAAUGAACGCCGGAUUCGACAGCCUAGUGUUGGCCCCAAAGGAGCACCCGACUAGCAUCCUACAGGCUCUGCUGCCCCUCGUGAAACCAUCAAGACCCAUUGUGGUGUUCAGCACCUGCAGGGAGCUGCUACAGGAGACGUUCAUGGAAUUAAAGACUUCCGGAAAGGUUACGGGUCUGCACUUGACCUCGAACUGGCUGCGUACCUACCAGAUUUUGCCCAACCGUACCCAUCCAGAAGUGAACAUGAGCGGAAAUAGUGGAUACCUUCUGACGGGCUAUACGCUAAGAUAGUUGUUGUGCGACUGCCAAAUACAUGUAAGCUUUUGUUUUGAUAA